CCCAAGGAAUAUCCCCCAAAGGUCCAGCAGCUGGUGCAGGACAUCGCCAGCCUGACGCUCCUGGAAAUCUCAGACCUCAACGAGCUGCUGAAGAAGACACUGAAGAUCCAGGACAUGGGGCUGAUGCCGAUGGGUGGAAUGAUGCCCCCAACUGCAAUGCAGUCAGCUGCUCAGGUAGAAGAGGAGGAGGAGGUCGUCAAGAAGCCGGAGAAGAUUCAUUUCACGGUCAAGCUGACUGAGGCGAAGGCGGUGGAGAAAGUCAAGCUGAUCAAGGAAGUGAAGAACUGCAUGCAGGGGCUGAACCUCGUGCAGGCGAAGAAACUGGUCGAGUCGCUUCCACAAGAAAUCAAGGCCAACGUGUCCAAAGAGGAGGCGGAGAAGAUCAAGGCCGCGCUGGAAGCGGCAGGCGGGACAGUGGUUCUGGAGUGAUGGCCCAGUGUCAGUGCUCAGGGACUAGUGUGCCUCCCGCCCGGGCCCACAGGGGCAUCUGCC